AAUUAAAAUAUUGUUUGUUUGCCCUUAGCCGACCGACCCGCGAAAAUUAGCCCGACUCAAAAUAUUUUAUUUCAAUUUUCACAAAAAUAUUUUUUUUAUUUGAUUCGUAUCUUUAUCCGUUUUUAUCCGUUUAGCUUUUUUCACCAAAACCUGUGUUAGGUUAUUUAGACGCUUUGAUUCUCCCUUUCCCCAAUUGUAUAAAGCGUGUUGAUGAUUGAGAUUAGGAACUUCGUUAAAUGUUGACAGAAUGGCGGUAUGUUUGACAGCAUGGCGGUAAAAAGGAGUUUGUCUACCUUCAAGUCACUUUCAGACGAGGAUUGCUUCACCGUGUGUGCCUCUAUAACCGCAACAUGUGCUGGCAAUUCAAAACAGAUUUGUAUAAACAGACUUUUAGAGUACUAUGUAUGAAACAACAUUUGCAGAUAUAUAUGUCGAUCUUGCCAAUGAAUGUUCAGACUAUCACGUGCAUAAAACGGACAGAGUUACCGUUACUAUUUCAGAAAAACUAAACAGUCCCGAUUGUUUUCACCCAGACUUACAAGAGCCAUUGCUGACUAUGAAAAAUUUUAACAAUCUUUUAAAAUGUGUACGUUUCAAAGUAGAAAGGGACGAGAGUGUAGGAUUAGAGUUAGAUUUAAAGGAUCAGCCCCAGGGAAAAAAAAGAACAGCAUUCACAGAAAUGAUGGAGUCAUCAACGAAGAGGAAACCGCCACCCCUAAAAGACCAAAAUUCACUGCGUUUUACAGGGAAAGACAAAAUGUACAAUAAUAUCUGUGAUGAAAUGGCCAAAUGUGGAGCUGAAUUUCCUCUGUCGAUGACAAACGACGUAAUUAGAAAACACGUAUCUGCAAUAACUGAUGUAUUAUGGUACUUGGAUGGAAACAUGGAAAAAAUAAUGGAGAGAAGUUUACAUUACAAAGACGUCAAACCAGUUCCUAAAAGGUUUCUUCAGUCUUCUUUUAAAGGACUCAAUGAUUGGAAAAAAAAGAAACAGAAGGCUCCUUCAAUUCAGUCAACUGAGAUAAAGAAACAUAGCUCAGCUUUGUUCAACAUAGUAACGUGUGCGUUUACUGCCCAGUGGGGAGAAUUUCGGAGAGACCUGGAACAUUUAGCUAUAUCCCUUGAUGCGUAUGCCACUUUCCUGGAUAUGUCAAAUGAUGCCCAGCAGAAACGUCAGAUUUUAGAUCACCCAGUUCGACAAGUUGGAGACCAUGCCUUUUUGGAACAUAGAACCUCAAAAACAGAUGUAGUUUUUCCACAAUAUUCCAUUCUGGAUGACAUAAUGGCAAGGCGUGAAAAAUACUCAUACUUGCUUUAUGAUGAGAAAAAACACACAAGUUUUCAGAAACCUAUGGAUAGUCAACAAAGAUGGAACUUUUUAAAAUAUUUGAAGUUAUCCGUCCCUGUUGACAUUCUUACUUACAACCCAGGUGGGGCAGUUGGAAGUACCAUUGUCCUGUGGAGGACAAACGAAGAAAGAGCUACUGAUGAAGUGAUGCAGUGUUCUGUUCAGGUGUAUGAGAAAAUUAGGGUUUUACUACCAGAGUUUCAUACAAGACAGAUGAGAAAAAUGUUCGUAUCCAAAUUUUGCAACUUACCUGCAGUUUCAGUUCCACCUGCUGUUCUGAGGGUUAUUUACACUGAGCUUACUUUAGACUCAUCAGCUGAGCAAAACAAAGGCAUUGAAAAUCGCAUAAGAGAAGCUAUAUUGUCAGAAGACCCAGAUAUAGUUACCGAUUUAAGGCACUUGAAUCCUGGCCGUCCAAAUGAUACAUUUAACUCAUUUUUUGAUAAACUUUCUGAAAUCAUUGAAGAUAUGACUGCUGCAGAUGAACGACGUCACAAUGUGGAGCACUUAUCUCAAUUUGUUUCAGUAAGGGAUUUGAUCAAUCAAGUCGCCUCUAAGUUGCCAGAACAUACAAAUAUACCUAGUGAGAGCACUGUUUUAUUUGCAUUUGUCCCAAAAAACAGCCAUACAAAUGUGUCAAAACUUUACAAAUCGAAGAUACCAUUGCAAUUCAAAGUUCAGACUCGCCAAUUGAGAUCUAGUCAUCAGGACGAUCACUACUGUGCUGCAGUGUUUAAGUACUCCAGACAUUUUUCUGUGAAAUAUAAGCCGUCUGUGACCUUUCUUUGUGUUGACGAUAAAUCCAAAGUAGAUUUUGGUGAGCCUGGACUUUAUGUUUCCACAGGUGUACGUGGCAAAAAAUCCAUUGCUCCAAUGCAGUCAAACUUAAGUGCGCUAGACCAUGAUAUGCAAAGUAAAGGGUCAUUGACUCCAUCCGUGUGUUUGGAAUUGACAUUCCUGAGAAAAAAGAUGAUUCCUUCUACAGAGGAGUAGUACAUGUUACUUAUAAGGAUUCAAUCUUUCAGUCAAGCUCACCAUGGAGACAUGCUACCGAGAUAUCAAUGAUGUUGGAGGGGAAAACAGAAAUUCCUGAGGGUUUGGUACUUUAUUCUGAUGGAGGCCCAGAUCACAGAGUGACAUUCCAUUCAGUAAAACUGAGUCUCAUUGUUCUAUUCAAAAAGCUAAACCUAGACUUCUUAGUGGCAGCUAGAACUGCUCCUGGACAUAGCUGGCUCAACCCAGCUGAGAGAAUCAUGUCAAUUCUCAACAUUGCAAUUCAGAAUGUGGCACUAUGCAGAGAGGAAAGCACCAGUGAAGUUGAGCAAGUGAUAAAAUCUGCAAAUACAAUGUCUGACAUAAGGAAAAAAGCUGAGAAAAAUCCCGAGGUAAAGCCUGCUUGGAUGGAAGCUGUAAGACCUUUGCGUGAAAUUCUGGAAGAAAGAACAGAGCGACUGAUGCUAAAAGGACAACCUUUUCAAGUACAUUCAGCUGCUUCAGAUCAGGCUGUUAAAACAUUUGAGGAGACUGUCAGAAAUCUUUUUCCCAAUAUAGAGUUAGGGAAAUAUCAAGAAAGAUUUUUGAAAUCUAAUGCAGACUACCAGAAAUUCCUUGCUGAUCACUGUAGAGAGAGGACAUACAUCUUUCAGAUUCACAGAUGUGGGGACAUAACCUGUUGUGGACCAAACAGAGGAGCAACAGAAUUUCCAUGGAUUCCAGAUCCAGAGGUCAAAGAAAAUGACAGAGACCAUUAUCAAGAUUUUGAAGACCUAGUUGGUAAGGAUACAUCAGAAAAGGACAGGCCAUCAGCAUUAAAUGCAAGGGCUACAGCUGUUGCUGAACAAA